UCCCGCCCACUGUAAAAGGUGCCGCAGUAAAAUGUGACGCGCGUGCGCAUCUUAGCUCCCUUUUUGCUGGAAGUACCCUGCGAUUUGACCCACCAUGGCAGACCCAGAUCUUGAUUUCACCAGUGGGGAUGCUGGGGCUUCUGCCACCUUCCCCAUGCAGUGCAGCGCCCUGCGCAAGAACGGCCACGUGGUUCUGAAGGGACGCCCCUGCAAGAUCGUCGAAAUGUCAACCUCCAAGACCGGCAAGCACGGACACGCCAAGGUCCACAUGGUUGGAAUUGACAUUUUCUCCGGCAAGAAGUAUGAAGAUAUCUGCCCUUCUACCCACAACAUGGAUGUCCCCAACAUCAAGAGAAAUGACUUCCAGCUGAUUGGCAUCCAUGACGGGUUUCUGUCUCUGCUGAUGGACAACGGGGAUGUCCGUGAGGAUCUCAGGCUUCCAGAGGGUGACCUUGGCAAAGAAAUUGAAUCCAAAUUCUCUAAUGGAGAAGAUACAAUGGUCUCCGUGCUGUGCGCAAUGGGGGAGGAGUGUGCCGUCGCCCUCAAGGCUAUGUCAAAUAAAUAGGACGAGACUUGGUUUUAAGGCUGAGACUUCUUAUACCACAAAUCUUACAUUUUGGUUCUAAUUCUCACCAAAGCUAUGGCCUUCACAUACAACAACCUCAAAUUGCUUCUUUUUUUUUUUCCUCCUAAAACUUUGCUGGAAGUUUUGUAACUGGGUGUCGUUGGCUGAUUGGUAUUUUGCCAAAUCACUGAGGGUUUUUUUUUUGUUUUUAAUUUUGACUUCAUUCCUUUUAAUUUUGCCUUCAAGAUGUUAGUCUUGGUACUUACAUUCCUGAAUGUUAAAAAAAAAAAAAAAAAUUAUAAUGGGAUCCAAUUUUGUAAGAUUAUUUUUUUAUAUUUCUUAGACUGAAUAGCGUGUGGAAUUUAUGCCUUUUUGGGGUCAAUAUGCAUUUCAGUUGUGGGGGGGGUGGGGUUGGGAAGACACUUACUGUUCACGCGGGCUUUUCCGCUCCCUACAUGGUGACUGUUGGCAACGGCCAUUGGUGCAGAGCAGGCAUCCUUGAACCGAUUCGUCCAUGGGGAAAUGCUAGGAUAUCGGUUGUCAGCACUUAAGAGCGGCCUUUUGGGUACUGCCAAACUAAUUCACCUUCUUAAAUUUCAGUGAUUAUUUUGUUUUUCUGAAACGCCAGUGUCCUUUUCAAAAGCCAAGAAAGAAGUGAUGGCCACGCACGAUUACCACUGUACACGACGGCAGAUCACUGGCCGUCAUUUGGCAACAUAAAUAAAAAGAAUGUCGAAGCCUUUACGGGUCUCAUCUAGGUAGGCUUCCCUGAGUGUUGUGUGGACGCCUCCUUGCGUGAGGGACUCAAUCCAGGGGAAGGGGCGUUACGUUGCAAACCUUUUUUCACCGAGGCCUUUAUCACCAACUGGAGAUAGAGAAAAAAAAAGAAAUAAAGAGUGGGAAAAUAAAAUGGAAAAUCUUUCCAGUUGCUUAUUUCUUUUAUUGUAUUUAUCAUGCAGUUAUAUUAAAAUGAGUUAAGACCUCCCCAGUG